AUGGCCUCAGCACUCCCCUGGUGGCCCCUCGCCUCGAGCGAGCAAGAGAAGCAGGAGCAAAUCGAGGUCCAGAAGGAGAAGCAGAGAGAGCUGAUCCUGCAGCUCAAGACGCAGCUGGAUGACCUGGAGACGUUUGCCUACCAGGAGGGCAGCUAUGAUUCCCUGCCACAGUCUGUGGUUAUGGAAAGACAACGGAUGAUUAUAAAUGAGUUGAUAAAGAAGCUGGACAUGGACUUGAGUGAAGAUGUUGCGACGCUCUCUCCAGAGGAAUUGCGACAGCGUGUGGAUGCUGCCAUAGCACAGAUUGUUAAUCCAGCCAGGGUGAAGGAGCAGCUGGUGGAACAACUGAAGACACAGAUAAGGGACCUUGAAAUGUUCAUCAACUUCAUUCAGGAUGAAGUUGGAAGCUCUGGUAAGGCAGAAGAUGGACACUGUGAAUGCGCAGGCAGAAAAGAUGGCGGUGGCUCCUGCAAACCGAACACACGGCCUUCUGGAAGCAGAGUGAACCCAGAAGAUGCCAGAAGGAUGCGAGAAACGGGCCUGCACCUCAUGCGCCGCAUGCUUGCUGUGCUACAAAUAUUUGCUGUCAGUCAGUUUGGUUGUGCUACUGGUCAGAUUCCUCGCACCCUCUGGCAAAAGGACCAAGCCAACAAGGACUAUUCCCCCUUAAUUAAGAAACUGGAGUUGUCAGUGGAGCGGGUGAGGCAGCUAGCUAUGAAACACCAGCAGGAAGACCAUGUUAUUAGUUCCUCCGAUCUGCAGGACAUUCCCUUAGGUGGCAGAGAUGAGCUGACUCUAGCUGUGCGGAAGGAGUUGACCAUUGCUUUGCGAGACCUGAUGGCUCACGGGCUCUAUGCCUCUUCUCAAGGAAUGAGCCUGGUACUGGCACCCAUCGCGUGCUUGAUUCCUGCGUUCACCUCAUCGCCGCAGACCAUGCACCCCUGGGAGCUCUUUGUGAAGUAUUACAACACUAAGAACGGACAAGCCUUCGUGGAAUCCCCGGCUCGCAAGCUCUCCCAGUCCUUUGCCUUGCCUGUGACAGGAGGAGUGGCCAUUACGCCCAAACAGAGCCUGCUGACAGCAAUUCACACUGUUCUCACAGAGCAUGACCCCUUCAAGCGCAGUGCAGACUCUGAACUGAAAGCUCUGGUGUGUAUGGCACUGAACGAGCAGCGCCUGGUCUCCUGGGUGAAUCUGAUCUGCAAAUCUGGAGCUCUGGUACAGUCCCACUACCAGCCAUGGAGCUACAUGGCAAACACAGGCUUUGAGAGUGCACUCAACAUCCUCAGUCGCCUGAGCAACUUGAAAUUCAACCUCCCGGUCGACCUGGCUGUCCGGCAGCUGAAAAACAUCAAAGAUGCUUUUUGAUGUAUUUUUGUUGUAGAUCGUCUUUUUUCCACAAGUAGGCAGCUGUUGG